UAUCUAAUAGGCACAGCUUUGGACACUUAUUUAAUUGGGCUAAAACUAAACCCAACAGCCCACUCCACGAAACCCUCCUUCCUUACCCUUCCCGAACACCCCCUCUACCGCCAUGACCACUCUUCUUAUGUGUCCAUACAGUCCAAUUCCUAACGAGAACGAUAAACUCCACGUGACCAAACAGACUGAAACUGCUAAACCCUUCCUUCAAAACAAACCUAGCAAAACUGCGAUAUUUCUCUUUUUCACUCCCUCCUCCGUUCCCUCCAAGUUGAAACUAGCUCGAAGCUCUCUAAACUCUCAACAAUGGCGUCAAUUCUCACAAAAAAACCAAAGAAGACCAAAUUGAAAGAGUUGAAAACCAUAGGGCAGCAACUGCUCUCUUCACGAGCUCACAUCAACAAUCUUCCUAUCCUCCUCACCUUCAUAUCGCCAUCGUCGCCGCCUCAACACGUUCUCGAAUCACUCCUCUCGCUGCAAUCCUUCUUUACCACAGUUCUCCCCGACCUCCCUCCGUCUUCAUCUUCAAUGAAAAGGCAGCGUUUCGAUGAUUCAGCCAAGGAGGAUCCUGAGUUUAUCUACAGAACGUGGCUGAGAUCAAAGUUCGAUGAGUUCAUAACAUUGUUGAUUGAAGUUUUGGUUUCAACGGACACCGAAGAAGCUUUGAGAGAAAUUGUGUUGGAUUCGUACAUGGAAUUCGUGAAGCUAGGAAAUGGGGGAAGGUUUUACUCCGCUAUUUACCACAAAUUACUGCGCAUUAUAGUUCAGUCUCCAACACCCGUUGAAUUUUUAUCAGAGUUGCUUGCAUCGAAGUAUUUUAAGUAUAUUGAUGUCCGGUAUUUUACCUUCAUUAGCAUGGAAAAACUUGCUAAAACUUUGGACGCAAAAGAUGUCCCUGAUGAUGACAAAGCUGUGCGUGGAGUUGGUGACAGUGGGAGUCAGUCAAGAGAAAGCAUGGAGCUUCCUAUUCACAAUAUAUAUUAUAUUAUAUCUCACAUCCCCCCUCAGGAAGGCAUUGAUGGAAAAUUUGAGUAUGAGAUGUGGAGUGGAUCAGGAUUUUUAUCUAAAGAAGAGCAUGAUAAAAAAGAGCUUUCUAAGCUUCAAAAAGCAGAAGGCAAAGAGCUUAAGACUGAGAAACAAAACAAUGAUGUGUUGUCCCCAGCCGCUAUUGCCAAGAAGAUGAAAUUGAAGUUUACUAAAGCAUGGAUUUCAUUUCUUAGACUACCAAUCCCUAUUGAUGUAUACAAGGAGGUUCUUACCACUCUUCAUCAGGCAGUCAUCCCUCAUUUGUCUAAUCCUAUCAUUUUAUGUGACUUUUUAACAAGAUCAUAUGAUAUUGGUGGUGUUGUUAGUGUCAUGGCUCUUAGCAGCCUCUUCAUCCUAAUGACACAGCACGGUCUAGAGUACCCCAACUUCUAUGAAAAGCUUUAUGCACUUUUGGCACCUUCUAUCUUCAUGGCAAAACAUAGAGCCAAAUUUUUUCAGCUUCUUGAUUCUUGUCUGAAGUCACCACUUCUUCCAGCAUAUUUGGCUGCUGCUUUUGCUAAGAAAUUAAGUAGACUGGCACUUUUUGUCCCUCCUUCUGGAGCAUUGGUUAUCAUAGCUUUGAUUCACAACCUGUUACGUAGACAUCCAUCAAUUAACUGUUUGGUGCACCAGGAAGAUAGUGAUGAAACUCCAAAGGGUAAUUCAAAAGCUGAGGGCAUAGUCAACAAGGCAUAUGAUUCUGGAUCUGGCACAGAUAUUUCUCACAAAAGACCUGGUAUUGAUCAUUUCAAUAAUGAGGAGAGCAAUAUUAUAAAAUCUAAUGCCAUGAGAAGUUCACUUUGGGAAAUAGACACCCUACGUAGCCAUUACUGCCCACCUGUUUCAAGGUUUGUUUUGUCGCUGCAGAAUGAUUUGACAGUUAGAUCCAAAACCACUGAAAUGGACAUCAAAGAUUUUAGUUCUGGUUCAUAUGCAACAAUAUUUGGAGACGAGAUUCGACGUCGGGUAAAGCAGGUUCCAUUGGCGUUUUAUAGAGCAACUCCCACCUCUUUGUUUUCUGAGUCUGAAUUUGCUGGUUGGACGUUCAAAUAUGAAGAAGAAAGCAAGGAAAAUGACAGUCGAAAUAAGGAUCUGAGCAUUGGGAAUACAUCUGAAGAAAAUGAUGUUUCUAUAAAACGAAAGCGGAUAGAAUACCCAUGAUUAUGAAUUGAUUCUUCGGGGAAGACAUCAAUUAAUGGAGAAAAAAAAUGUUGACAAAAUUUCGAGAAAAUUGAUCCGUCUUUUUCCCAGUUUUUACCCGGUGAUGGAUCUCACUAUUGCAGUAAUCCCUAUGUUAACUGAGUAAUUUCUCCUUCCCGAAAUGUAAUCAUUUAUAAAAGAGAAUUUUCUUCGAAUAAUACUGUUGCACUAGCUCUGGUAGAAUUUUCGAUAUGAAACUGACACUGCAGUAAAAUGAAAACAUAAUAUAAUUUAAAA